AUGAGAGUUCCACCCGCCCCGUUAACCGCACGAUCCGCCGCCAUUGCGCCACUCACCGCAUGGCUCCUCGCCAACGGUGCUCGCCUCGACGGCGUGAAAGCCUCCUGGCUGGGCCACGGGAUGGGUGUCGGCGUUGUCGCCACGCGAGACCUGCCAAAAGGUCACGUGGCAGCCACCGUCCCUCGCGCCCUUCUUCUCACGGUCGACUCCGCCGCACACGACGACCCCCAGCUCGGCGCGCUGCUUGAGGUCCUGUCGGCCGAGGGCGUCCUGCAGGAUGAGCACAACGGGUACGAUGAGAGCACCGGCGUGCUGGCACUGCAGCUUCUCGCGGCGGCGGCGGCACAGCAACGAGGUGACGUCUCGAGGUUUGGUCCCUAUGUGCGAACUCUACCCUCAUCGGUCGACACGCCGCUUUUAUGGCCGCGCGUGCUUCGCGAGACGCUGCUGGCCGGCACCAGCCUGCUGACAGACGUGCGAGAGCUGCGCGCUGCGAGCGCCGCCGAGCUGCGGCGGCUGCGGCGCUCCCUGCGGCGGGCGCCACCCUUCUCGACGGCCGCCGAGCCGGCCUGCUCGUGGCUCUCUCGCCUCGGCCUCGACGGCGGCGCGCCCUGCCCGCUCAGCGGAGAGCGCAGCGGCGGGCUCCAGAGGUGGAUGUUGGCCAACGCUCUCGUCAGGUCCCGCGCGUACACCAUGCCCCGCAUGCGGCGGCGAGGGGGCGGGGGCUGGGAGCGGGACGAGCUUGUGCUGGCGCCCUUCAUCGAUCUUGCGAAUCAUGACGACGCGACGAGCCGGGCAGUGAGGUGGGAGGCGGAGAGGAGGGGCGAGGAGGCGGAGGCGGAGGAGGCGGCGGCGGCGGCGGUGGCGGCGGCGGCGGAGGCGGAGGCGGAGGCGAAGGCGGAGGCGGAGUCUGAGGCGGAGGCGGCGGCGGCGAGAGCCUUGGGUCGGGAGAGACGCGAAAGUGCUCUUUCGCUCUUCUGCGAGCGCGCCGUGCCUUGCGGCUCGCAGCUCCCCUCCUCGUACGGGCCGCACACCCUCCGCACCUCCCUCCUCACCUUCGGCUUCGUGACGGCCGCCCAGUCGCCGUCCGCGGCUCUCCGGCUGGAGGUGGACCCCGCCGACCCUUGGCGCGCAGAGAAGCGCGCUGUGCUCGAGGCGGCAGGGCAGGAGUCUUUGAGAUUCGAGCUUGUGGCAAGGCCCUCGCCGCCGCCGCCGCCGCCGCUUCCGUCGCUGCUGCCGCUGCCGCCGCUGCCUUCACCCGUGUCUGAUUUCGCUCCGUCACCGCCUCCGCCUCCGGGCCAGGCAGCGGCCGCUUCGCCGUUGGUACAUCGGCCACCGAUGGUCGACGCCGCGCUCCCCGAGGUCGACCCGUCGCUGAUGCGAGUGUUGCGGCUGCUGGCGCUGCCGCCAGCCGAGGCCGCCACCCACCUCGCCGGCGCCACCGCCGCCGCCGCUUCGCCUCGCGGCUUUGGGGCACCGCCCCUCGUCAGCGCGGCUGGUGUCGACGCGUGGGCUGCCCUCGCCGCCCCAUCGAGCACCGCCAUCGAGCGCGCCGCGUACGCCCGCCUCCUCCGCGAGUGUCGCGCCAGCCUGCGCGCCCUCGAGGCGGCGCAGCGAGGCCCCAUCGCCGGCUUCCAGGCGAACCUCGCCUCGGUGGCCGUGGCGUCGGUCGUGCGGCGAGGAGAGGCGACAGCGCUGAGACAAACGAUCGCGGCGGCGAGGGCGGGUGCGAGGAAGGCAAGGCCAAGGGAGAAUGUGGCGGGCCGUCACGAGUAG